GUAUUUAUUAUCAACCCUGUAGCAACACAACAUAGCCAGCCACGCUGUAGAAAAAAUAUUAAGAUUAAAGGAAAAUUUGAUUUAAUCUACAAAAUAACAAAAACGCAAGUUUGUAAGUGAGUCUUCGAGUUGCCCUGUGUAAACCAUCAACAAUUUUGGUUUUUUCAAACGUGCCAGACAACAACUUAGGGCGUUUUUCCCCGUCCCAAAAAAUUCAACAUGGCCGAAGACUUUGACGUUGAAGCAAUGCUAGAAGCACCCUACCAAAAAAACAACGUCAGUGCGGGCAGCGCUGGACGAGGACGCGGGCGCAGCAGCGGCAGCGACAGUGCCGGCCACGAUGACAACGAUGAGGAUUACACUGAAAACGGACAGCGCUCCUCGAAUGGCAACAAAAAGCGCAGCCAUCGCUCGCGUAGUCGUAGUGGCUCACGUCACAAGCGCUCCAAGGAUCAGGAACGUGAAAAGGAGCGUGGCACUGAACGCAGCAGCUAUCGUGACAAGGAUAGAGACAGAGAGCGUGAUCGUGAGCAUCGGGAUCAUCGUUAUCGCGAUGUCGCCAAGCGCAGCAGUCGCACACGCGAUGAGCGCCCCAGCGAUGACAGACGUGGCGGCGGCAGUGGACGUAACGAUCGUGAUCGUCGCUCGCGCGAUCGUCGAGGCGGCAGCAAAACCAUGCAGCGCGAUGCCGAGCGUAAGCGCAGUCGCUCUCGCGACAGGCGCCAUCGCAGUCGCUCCCGUGAUCAGCAACGCAAACGCAUGAGUCCCAUACGUGAACGUCGGCGAAGUCAGUCGCGCUCCAAAGACACAAAUCGCCGUCGGACCAGCUACUCACCACGACCAUACGGUGGACGCGGACGUGGUGGUGGCGGCAGGUCGCCACCGAAUGGCGUCGGGGAUCGCACACCACCCACCGAGCUCAGUCCUGAGGAGCGCGAUGCACGCACCGUUUUCUGCAUUCAGCUGUCGCAACGAGUGCGCGCACGCGACUUGGAGGAGUUCUUCUCCAGCGUCGGCAAGGUGCGCGAUGUGCGGCUGAUUACGUGCAACAAGACUAAACGCUUCAAAGGCAUUGCGUACAUUGAGUUCGAGGAUCCCGAAUCAGUGGCGCUAGCACUCGGAUUGUCGGGCCAACGGCUGCUGGGCGUUCCCAUAAUGGUGCAGCACACGCAGGCCGAAAAAAAUAGACUGCAAAGUGCUCCGCCACCGUUCCAGCCCAAAGCUCACACAGGACCCAUGCGACUUUAUGUUGGCUCGCUGCACUUCAACAUCACCGAGGACAUGUUGCGUGGUAUAUUCGAGCCAUUUGGCAAAAUUGAUGUUAUUCAGCUGAUUAUGGACACUGAGACGGGUCGUUCCAAAGGCUACGGCUUUAUUACGUAUCACAACGCUGACGAUGCCAAAAAGGCUUUGGAGCAACUGAACGGCUUUGAACUGGCGGGCCGUCCCAUGAAAGUGGGCAAUGUUACGGAGCGGCUAGACAUGAAUACUAGUUCACUGGACACUGAUGAAAUGGAUCGCAGCGGCAUAGAUCUUGGCGCCACAGGACGACUUCAGCUCAUGUUUAAGCUGGCAGAGGGCGCCGGUCUGGCCGUGCCACAGGCAGCGGCCAAUGCGCUACUUGCCACAGCGCCGCAGCCAGCACCUUUGCAGCAGCAACAGCAGACGCCAUCCAUAGCUACACAGUGCUUUAUACUGUCCAACAUGUUUGAUCCGCGCACCGAGACAAAUCCCACAUGGGACACUGAUGUACGUGAAGAUGUUCUAGACGAAUGUGCCAAGCACGGUGGUGUGCUACAUAUACAUGUGGACACGGUUUCGCCCACAGGCACCGUAUAUGUCAAGUGUCCGAGCACAACCACAGCGGUACUGGCCGUAAAUGCGCUGCACGGACGCUGGUUUGCGGGGCGUGUAAUUACCGCGGCGUACGUACCGGUAAUUAACUAUCACUCCAUGUUCCCGGAUGCUAUCAGCGCAGUCGACUUGAUUGCAUCGACCCGCAAGAAUGCUGACGAUUGAUGGGCCAGGCGAUAGAUUUGCAACUAUAUAAUAUAUUGUUAUUAUUCGUUAAACAACAAUUUUGUAAUAAUUUUAACAUUUUUUUGAAAGACUCCGAAUUUGGGUAAUGGCCCUCAGUUAGCUAAAAAAAAAAAAAAACGAAAAAAAAAUGGGCACAUCAAAUUACAAUAACAUAAUUAAAUAUUUAUAUAUUUAAUGUGUGCAACAUAAAAUUAGGCAUUCCUAACACGCCAAAAAA